AGAGCGAAUAUCGGUCGUGACGACGACGAGCAGCGCGUUCCCAAUCUCGACAACUUAAGUGCGUACACGCGGGCGACAUGUAGUUCUAUACGAGUGCCAGCAUUUCUUCUUGGACAGGGACGAGGAAGCGGAUUCUGGGUGUACAAGCAACUUCUGCCUCCGAAUUAAUAGAAUGGAAUAUGGGAUCAGAAGCCACGGAUUCAGCGUCAACGGUGGCGGUCCGACGCCGAGCAGUUGGCUCGAGUCGGCGAUGGCCAGCGCCGUAUACACGAAUCCCCUGGCGACGGCGUACCAGUUGCCGAGCAGCGCCGCCCUCUUCCUGAACUCGUUGCAGUCUUUGCAGUCGAGCGCCGUGGCGAUUGAACUCGCGCGAAAGUCCGGGAGGCGCGACGAGGAGGAUGAGGAGGAGGAGGAGGAGGACGACGACGACGUGCGUAUCUCCGCUGACGGGGAGGAGGGUCGAGUCGACGUAGGGAUGGGCGGAUCAACGCAGCCCGAUGACGAAACACGACCCGAUGAAGACGACGAGUACGAGGAACAGGAGGAAGAUGAUGACGAUGAUGAGGGAGGCGGAGGAGACGGAGAAGGAUGA